AUGGCUUCAGCAACAGGUGUCCCCGAGCGUAACCCUGUUCUGGAUGAAGACGAGCCUCUCCUUGGUCGUCGAGGAGAUGCAACACAACGUCCAGAUCAGGGUUUGCAGUGGAAUCUUGUGAUUGGAACAGCAAUGUUGGCACAAGCUGGCAUCUGGAUUCUCACCGCGCUUGUGUGGGCAUCUGUCCUCGAAACCAACAUUAUAUUCUUCUCCUAUCACCCCCUCCUAAACUCGGCAGCAGUUCUCCUGCUUGUGCAAGGCACUCUCGUCCUGCAGCCCACGGCUGCGCAGAAAGACAAGAUACAUGGAACAUACGUACACUCCAUUCUGAAUACCCUAGGUGUCGCCGCCCUGAUUGCUGGUUUGGUGGUCAUCGAAAUGAACAAAGCAUCACACCCAGAGACUCGGUUUCAGAGUACUCAUGGCAAAGUAGCUUUGGCGGCAUAUAUCCUGAUUUUCAUCCAAUGGCUCGUUGGUUUGGCGCAGUUCUUCCUCCCAAAUAUCGUCUUUGGCUCAGUGGAUCGGGCCAAGUCCGUGUACAAGUACCAUAGAGUAUCGGGUUACGCUCUUCUGGUCCUCCUCCUCAUUGUCAUCGGACUGGCGACCGACACGGCCUUCAACAAGAAUAUCCUACAUAUCAAGCUGUGGCCCGUCAUUGUCGCAGGUGUACUGAUCCUUCUUGGGGUAAUUCCGCGCAUCAAGAAACACAAAUUGGGCUUUUGA